GACAAUAAUCCACCUCAUAGUUCGUUGUCGACCUCACCCACUAACUGCCUAGACCCCUACUAACAGCCAGCUUCCGAGAAAGUCUGGUGCUAGAGGACAACGAUUACCUAGGCACCUUCAGACUGUAUUCACUGCCAUCUCAAAUCAUGCCAGCUCCAGUCGCCUGCCCGGUGGCAGAUGUAGAUGCAGUCCUCUCCGAGUAUGUCAACUCGCGACAGGACACUCUCGAGAUGCGGCGACACAUUGCCAACCUGCCUGCGGCUGGGCUUCAAAACUCUCAAUCUGCGCCUUUUCCGGGGCAUCUACUCCGCGAGUGUUCCCUAUCACUCCCCACGGCAAGACCAAAGUCUUCGGACGCAGCUCGCGUCCUUCCUGCUGCUGCUGCUGCUGCUCGCUCCCGUUAUCUGCGUGCCCUCGAGGCAAAAUGGCUGGCCAAUGCCCGCCUACGUAGGCUGCAGAAUGAACUUGAUCAAUUGCGAAGAGAAGAUUGCCCAGGGACCUCGACUGAAAAUUCGACAAGUUUACAAGACGAUGACUUGCGAGAUUACAUCGCCUUGCUUCACGGCAGUCGGCGCUGCUCAGAGCUUCAGCUCGUUUUGAAAUCACUGGACAGUCUCUUGACUUCGACACCUGUCAACAGUCAUGGAGGCUUCGCCAUCCGCAUUAAUGACAGUGUUGGGACGCCGCCAGAUAGACCGGCUGAGACCCUCGGCCAGCCUUCACCGCCGCACUCGGACCAGUCCAGGCUAUUCCAGUUGAAGAAAGAAGUACUUGAAGCGAAACUGAGUGCUGAUCGAGUGUGCGCUAACCGGAAAGCUUGCUUCGAUGGCCUUUCUGAUGCGAAUCAUGGAAGACAACAGAUCCAUGCUCUUAGCCACGCAAAGGACGAAAUUGUCACUUGGCUCGAAACGGAAUUAUCGAAGUUGAGUGAAACUUCUGAGCUGCUGGAAGAUGCGUCUCCUAUUAAGAAAUCAAGAUACCCGGCGCUUGACACCAACGACACUCUACCAUCUGAGAAGAUUACCGGUGCAUAUGCUCAGUAUGUUGCUUCAAGGUCUGAAGCCAUCGAUGUCCACAAUUCUCUUGAAACAAUGUUGAACGAAUAUCAAUCUGCCACUCUCGCGAACCCUGCCGUACCCCAUCAUCCAGUUCGCGAUUCUCAAGAUUCAAAAGAGCUCUCAACACGUAUUCUCCGACACUUACCAUUCCUUGUUCAAAUCUUAUCGAGUGAACGCUCCCUUUUACAACAAACUGUCUAUCUUGAGGCCAGGCUUGCAGCGGCAAGCGACGCGUUAGGUGGUUCGCUCGUAAAAUUAAGAGAAGAGAGCCAUCUGCUGCCUUCAAAUGCUUCCAAACAUGAUGCUUGGGGUAUAGCAGCUAUUCGCGCUGGUGACGAAACCCGCGAUUUCGUGCGCGAGAAAUUGAACGAAAGCCAACAACAGUUCCGAACAAUCAAUAGUAUUGUGGACACCCUGUCGUUGCAGAACAAGAUAUUGGCCUCAACAUAAAAAUCUGGGCGAUCAAAGCUUAUACACACCUAUAGCACCAUGCUUGCAUACCAGUCCUUGGUUUACCAGAGGCCCCACCACUGUAUCUCGGUGGCUGGGUUUGCCGAGACUUACCAUGAGGCUUCCCCACGUCUCAAUCUGCUCUCUAGAAAGACUUGAGAAUGUCCACAGCA